AGGUGGCGACGAAAGUGCUGGAAGGCGCGGAGCCCAGCUCAGCCGCUGUUAAUCAUUAGCUGGGGGCGGCCCGAGCAGGCCCCGCCCCGGAGCUGCCCAGUGCGCUCUGCCCAACUGGCCCCGCGCCGCCACCUGCUGCCCGCGCGCGCAGACAUGGCUGGCAAAGCCCACAGGCUGAGUGCUGAGGAGAGGGACCAGCUGCUGCCCAACCUGAGGGCUGUGGGAUGGAACGAGCUGGAAGGCCGUGAUGCCAUCUUCAAGCAGUUCCACUUCAAAGAUUUCAACAGGGCUUUUGGCUUCAUGACCAGAGUGGCCCUGCAGGCUGAGAAGCUGGAUCACCAUCCUGAAUGGUUUAACGUAUACAACAAGGUGCACAUCACCCUGAGCACCCACGAAUGUGCGGGCCUCUCAGAACGGGACAUAAACCUGGCCAGCUUCAUCGAACAAGUAGCAGUGUCCAUGACCUAGACCCCUCCGUUCUUUGCAGUCCUAGGGCAGGGGUGGCUGAACUGGACACAGGGAGGGAACCGAGAGGCCCCCACCUUGCUGCAGUCAGAACCACCCCUGUGGAGGGGUGAGUCUUCACUGCAGAAAGAUGGCAGCGUCACUGCCAGCACCAGGAACGAAGCCCUUUUCCCCAAGCCUCUCUUCAUCCUUGGGAGCUUUGUUAUUUUCACUGCUUUGAGGAAGUUCCUCCUUCUUUGCAUCUUCCUGGCAACCCUGGUGGUGUUCUUUGUAACGGUGUUCUUACCUGGCUGGAUCUUGCCCCUAAUUAAUUUCUCAAGGAGCCAUGAGGGGUGAGAUAGUCCUGUCUUAGAACCCAGGAUCCUAAAGCAAAUCCCAUCUCAUGUCUCAGAAGCGUGUGCCUUGAUGUUCCCAAUAAAACUACUUUAUCACUGGUCUAA